AUGAGUGCAGCCGAUGACAAUUAUACAAUACACAAGGUAUCUUUGAAGCGCACUCGGCAAGCUUGUGGUCCUUGCCGGCGGAAAAAGGCACGAUGCCCAGGAGAAAAGCCAACGUGUUCGUUAUGCCAGAGACUAAGACAGUCUUGCUCAUACGGGCCUCAAACAUCUACCCGUGCAAAGGCCCAAAAGAUUGGUACAGCUCCGACUCGAGUCCAACCGGACGCGCAGGGAGGUGAUGCUUUUGAGGUAAUUCGAAUCAUGUUGACCACGUAUCAAACAUCUCAGACCGAAGGCGAUGUUUCAAGCUCCGGUAGACUCCAGCGCAUCGAAGAAAGGCUGGACUUGAUGACCCAAUUACUCCAACAAGGCUCAUCGGCAUCUCAGCUAUCCCGUGAAGUAUCAAGUGAUGCUCAGCCCACUGACCAUUACGAGGAGCAUGUGCCCUACAAUGGACUUGAAACCAUAACUUCCCCAGAGGACGAGCUAAUCGCCCCCCAGCAAGACCACCUGUCGUCUCCCUCUAUAGAGAAGGAGAUCGAAAAGGAGAUCGAAUUAUAUCUCACCUAUGUUCACGAUCAACCUUAUUGUGUAUUUUCGAAGGAGUGGCUUUUGAAAUCACAGGAUAACCUACCACCGGAGAUUGCGCUUCCACUGGUGGCUCUUACUUCUCGUCUCCCUCGAAGGUCUUGCGAGACCUUGUUUGGGGACCGACCCAGUGCAAAGUCUUUUGCAAAAAGGCCUGGGAAGUGUUGUCCAAUCAAUAUCGACGUGGGCACAUUUUUGAUGGCCCAGGUAGACUUUUCCGAUGGAAAAGCACAUCGGGGAUAUGCGUCUGUUGCGCUUGGACUAAGAGCCAUUCAAUCUGCGAGCUUGAAUAGACAGCAUGACGCUUACCGCUCGAGGAAGGAUCCUAUAAUUGAAGCCCGAAAGCGCAUCACUUGGGCAUUCUUCAUGCUCGAUCGUACUUAUUGUGCGUCUCGGAACUAUUCGCUUUCUCUUUCAGACAAGCAAUUUACCCUGCCGUUUCCUGCUCCGGAGCCAGAAACAUUGACCGCUCAUGAUUCAUCAUCAACUCAAGGGUCUUUGCAUGAUGGACCCGGGAAACAAGGACAAAAGGUCGAUCACGGCGUCCUGGCCUGCCUUCUGAGGCUUUAUUCUCUGUGGGGUAAAACCACGGAGUGGGUGUUCGAGCCAUUCGCGGAAAACAUACUGCCUCCUUGGCAAACUGGAUCCGCGCUUGCAAUUCUCGAGUCCGGGUGGUUGCAAUUUGAAACACACUUCGCAGACGCUCAUCGAUACAUCAACGUCGAUUUCAAAAGACGCGCUCGUGAAGAGCCCGAAUCACGCACAUACCUCUCGACUUGGGUAUGUGUGCAAUUCCUCUUCCACACAAUUCAGUGCUUGCUGCACCAUCCGUUUGUCAUCAUGACCAAGCUUCGCAACUUCAAUGGGAAUAUUUCUGCGACAUUCCUGCAAAAGUCCUUUGAAACAUCGCUACUACACUCCAGAUGGAUAGUGAGAUUCAUAAGAGAGAUGUCGGAGGUGGGUUUUGAGGUUUGUGAUCCAUUUCUUGGGUAUUUGGCCGCAAUUGCAGCCACAAUUCAACUGGAACACACUGGCAACAAGAACCCUCAGAUUGCUAUUCUGGUCAACAAAGAGUUUCGGACACUGGUCGACUUCAUCACAGAACUUUCUGUGCACUGGGAAAACAUGAGCAUACUGGUUUCUAAAGUGAAUGAACUUGCCGCUCGCCAUCAAAAUUAUGGUUCCCUUUAUUAUAAUCAGGAGGGGUUCUCAGGAGCGCUGUCAAAAAUGCCGACCCCUUCAAGUAUGCCUAGAAUGUCCACCGAGGAUGAAGCUCUCAUGUGGGAGAUCCUUGAUUUUGGCUGCUCAUCUGAGAAUAAUGCGCCGGGAAAGAUUGGGGAUCUUGCUGUUCCUCACCCAAAUGCGAUGGAGCCAGGCAACAACACGUCUACAAUGGUACAAGGUAUAACCGGGCUGUCAGACAGCGGCAAUAUAGGACGAUCGGAGUCCCAAAAUAUCCGUGAUCACGGUCCUCCAGCUUUCGACUCAAUUUCCGAUCCAACCGGCCAAAGUGCUUUCCCUGGGUGGCCAUUUAAUACAAGAAGUGGCGAUGUGAUCGGGCCAACAAUACCAGAUAUUCCCGAUUGGAUGAUCCUGGGAGACUAUAUGGCCGAGCAUUUAUAA